UUGAGAGGUCCUACGCCACUGGAUCAGCGUCGUCGUGUCGAGACAUUAGUGUUAACUGCUAAUCAGAGGAAAAUAACAAGAUUCGAGUGCCAGGUUUGCUCGAUUCAAGAGCCAUUGCCCAGCGUCAGUUGUCCAAAGUCAGUGUAGUGAUAAAGCCGUCUUAAAAUCCAAAAAAAACAAACAGUUUAGUGCUCUAACUAACCCGGAAAAUAACCAAGUGCUGUAGAGAACCUAAAUGCUCUGCCCUCCAACCAUGCGUCCGGCCAGUCCCGCCGAAUCCGAAAUCUCCGUGGGCGGAGCCCCCAGCCCGCUGCCCACGCAGCACCAUCCGCAUCCACAUCCGCACUCGCAUCCGCGGGCCAGCACCAUCGAUCUGCUGCAGCAGCAGCAACUGCUGAUGCAGCAACAGCAGCUGCUGAUGCAGCACCAUGCCGCAGCGGCUGCAGCGGCCUCCGGACUCAGCCGGAGUGCCGUCGGCAAUCUUCCGGAGGACUACUUCCAGCCGCUGAAGCGCCUGCGCAUGUCCUCGUCCUCCUCGGAGCCACGUGAGCACACGCCCAGUCCGCCGGCUGUGGUGGUUCCGGAGAACCAGCAGACCACCAACCAGACCACCAAGUCGGCCAUCGAGGGGGUCAAGAGCUUCUCCAUUGCGGACAUCUUGGGUCACUCGGAGAAGCAGCGGGAGGAGUCCGUUUCGCCGCCUCCCAAUGCCAACCUGCUGGCUCCACCCUCCUCCAGACCCGUUGGCUCCACUGGAGGAUUGCUGCAGCCCCGAACGGAACCUCUGGACGUCCAUCCGGCUGCCGCUGCCGCCAUGCUCUUACCAGGCGGUCAGAUCGUCCGUCCCUGGGAUCACCUCCUUGGCCCCGCCAUGCCCGUGCGCCCCUUCAUCCCCUCCGCCCUGCUGCACUACGAGCAGCGCCUGGCACUGGACUACCACCGCCAGCUGCAGGAGCACUUCAACGCCCAGGCCCAACUGCUGCGCCACAUGGGCAUGGACAUCAUUCCCUCGGAGAGCGGUUCCGACCGCUCCAGUUCGGCGGCCAGUGACUGCUGUUCGCCGGAGAUCGCCAGGGAUUCGGCGGCCGCCGCUGCUGCCUCCGGAGCAGGAGGAGCGUCCAGUGGUGCCAGCAAUGCCGCCGCCGUUGCCAAGGCCAAGGCCAACGGCACUCCUCUGGAUGCCCUCUUCCAGAUGACCACCAAGGACUUUGAUGAGUCACAAGACAAAUCCCAUUUGGACAUCUUUUCGAACCGGCCGCAGCCGAAGAAGAAGCGCAAGUCGCGCACGGCCUUCACCAACCACCAGAUCUUCGAGCUGGAGAAGCGAUUCCUCUACCAGAAGUACCUGUCGCCAGCCGAUCGCGAUGAGAUCGCCGCCUCCCUGGGCCUGUCCAAUGCCCAGGUGAUCACCUGGUUCCAGAACCGCAGGGCCAAGCAGAAGCGGGACAUCGAGGAGCUGAAGAAGGACUUCGAUAGCGUCAAGGUCUUUUCGGCCCACAAGUCCUUCUUGGAGAACGUGAACGAUCUGAGCAUCCUGAAGAAGAAGCCCAUGCACGAGGCGGAUAUGGUGGGAUUGGCGGCCGCAGCAGCCGCUGCUGGAAUGGUAGUUCCGGUGCCAGGAUCCGUGCCGAUGGGAGGGGCACCGCCCAAAUGAGGGCGUGGCCAGGUGCGCACCGAACCGCCAAGGCAACCUGAUGAUUGGUACAGAAAGUGAGCAACGAGGAGUCGAGUAUUUUGUUUAAUUUUGAGUCGAGUGCCGGGGAAGUUGGGCAGUUGAUUUUGCACCCAACGGAUUUCCCCAAGGCAUUAGGCGGCCAAAAGGAAGUGCCAGGACAUCCUUAACAGCUUCCGGGGCCAACGAGAAAGGGGCAAAGGCAACAUUCACUGCCAAACCCAAUUGGAGAAGAACCAGCCAGGACCAAGGCCCUUUUGCGGGCCCGCUAACAAGCCAGAACAAUCAUAACCGGAAACGGAAGUGGAAACGGAACCAGCCAGAACCAGGAUUCGGCCCUACAGCCAGGAUCACAUCGAUUAUAAUCAACCCAAUCGGCUCUUUUUAG